UGAGGCACAGCUGCUUAGAGCUCCUCAACAGAUCCCGUCUGUGGCAGACAGUGAGCGAGUGAGUAGUGAGCGAGCUCGUGCGCGCCAGAGACUGACACGCGCGGAGAGGGAGAUCCAGCGUCCAGCGUCCGUUCAACUCACUUCGAGCACUGGCUGCUGUCCAUCAGGACCUGCUGAAAAUGAUUCGGACCGUCCUCUGUUUCCUCGGAUUGCUCAUCGGUGGCAGCCAAGGUGUCCUCCAGGUGUCAAUCUCGCUAAAGAAGGUGGAGCUGAGCGUCGGAGAGUCCAAGUUUUUCACAUGCACAGUGAUCGGGGAGCCUGUGAAUCUGGACUGGUAUAACCCACAGGGGGAGCGGAUGGUCCCGUCUCAGCGGGUGGCACUGCACAAUGAGGGUAUCCGUUCCAGACUCACCCUCUACAAUGCCAAAAUAGAAGACGCUGGAAUCUAUCGGUGCCAGGCCAGCGAUGUACAGGGACAUACAGAGGAGGCCACAGUGGUGCUGGAGAUAUAUCAGAAGCUGACGUUCAGAGACGUGAGGUCUCCCCAGGAGUUUCGACAGAACGAUGUGGCUGAAGUGGUCUGUGAUGUCACCAGCUCACCCGUGCCUGUGGUCUCCUGGUUUUACAACAACGUGGAGAUCCUUGAAGAUAGUGAGAAGUUUCAACUCUUACAAAACAACAAUCUGCAAGUCCAGAGAGUAACUAAAGCAGAUGAAGGAGUGUAUCGCUGCGAGGCCAGAGUCGAGGCCAGGGGAGAGAUUGACUUCCGGGACAUCAUCCUGGUGGUUAACGUUCCACCGGUUGUCUCUGUGCCGCAGCAGUCCUUCAACGCCACUGCGGACUAUGGAGAGUCUGUGACCUUCACCUGCCGGGCCUAUGGCUCACCUGAACCGGAUGUUACCUGGCACAGGAAGGGAGUGCAGCUCCAGGAAUCGGAGCGGAAUGUAAUGAGAGCUCGAGGUACAACGCUCACAGUUCGAAACAUUCAGCAGGACGACGGGGGCUCCUACACCUGCAAGGCCUCUAACAAGGCGGGAGAAGUUGAGCACGAGCUGUUUCUCAAGGUUUUUGUCCAGCCCCACAUUACUAAGCUGAGGAACGUGACGGCUGUUGAAGGCAGCGCUGCUAUGAUCUCCUGCAAGGCUGAGGGUGAACCUCUGCCUGAAAUCUCCUGGAGGAGAGCAAGUGAUGGACACAGCUUUUCAGAUGGAGAUAAGAGUCCAGACGGGCGUGUGGAGGUGCGAGGCCGUUAUGGCGAAUCCAUGCUGACUAUUGUUGGAGUCAGGCUAUCUGACUGGGGACGCUUUGACUGUGAGGCUCUCAGCAGAAUCGGUGGACAUCAGAAGAGCAUGUUCCUGGAUAUUGAGUAUGCACCAAAGUUCCAGACCAACCACACUAUAUUUUUCUCGUGGGAAGGGAACCCGGUCAACAUCAGCUGUGAUGUUCUGUCUAACCCUCCGGCCACAAUGCUGUGGAGACGGGAAAAGUUGACCAUCCCCAGUGAGGGUGCUGGAAAUAUGCGAGUGCACAGUGUCCCCGGAAAAUCGCUCCUAGAGGUUACCCCAAUGUCAGACAGAGAUUUUGGCCGUUACAACUGCACAGCCAGGAACAACAUUGGGAUGCGCUUCCAGGAGUUCAUCCUAGCUCAGGCAGAUGUUCCCUCAAACCCUUACUCUGUUCGGCUGAGCUCGGUGGCACAGCGCGUGGCCACAGUUACCUUCACCAAGCCUGACUCCCAUGGCGGUGUACCCAUCAGUUACUACCUGGUCAAAUACAAAGACAUCAGCUCACAGGACUGGAAGGAUGUGAAAUCACAGGGGACGCAGACAAUCGUGCUGCUUACUAACCUUGAGCCCAACACUACAUAUGAGGUGAGAGUAGCAGCGAUGAAUGGAAAAGGUCAGGGGGAGUUCAGCCGCACAGAGAGCUUUCAAACUCUUCCCAUACGAGAGCCAAGUCCCCCUUCGGUUCAGGGUCAACGAGGGGUGGGGAAGGCAUACCGGCUGGGUCUGGUCAAGCAGGACGAUGGAGGAAUGCCCAUUCUGGAAUACAUUGUCAAAUACAAAACAGACAAGGAAGAACAGUGGAUGACAAAACUGGUUCCAGGUGUGAAUGAUUUUGUGCUGCUGCAACCGCUCCAGUGGAAUACGCAGUAUGAGGUGGAAAUCACCGCCCGCAACGUCAAAGGCCUGUCUGAACCAACUUUUGUGAAGUUCUCCAUGCCUCAGAAACCUGAUAUCACAGCAGAUUCGCUGUUCAGCGGCCUAGGCCUGGGUGCAGUGGUUGGGCUGGGGUUAUCUGGCCUGCUGCUGCUGCUCGUGCUGGUGGACGUCAGCUGCUUCUUCCUGCGCCAGUGUGGCCUGCUCAUGUGCAUCACUCGCAAGCUCUGCAGCAAAAAGACAGCCACAAGCGGCAAGAGCAAAGAGCUGGAGGAAGGCAAAGCUGCCUACCUGAAAUUGCCACUGAAAGAAGAAAACGGCAAGGAGACUCUGAAACCGGACACGAUCGAGAUCAAAGUUCACGGUGACAACAGCCUACACAUGACACAGGAGGACAGUAAAGCGUAAUGGAGGCCCUGCUGUCCUCAAAAAAAACAAAAAAAACAUGCAAAGUGAGCCACCCAGAGACCAAUAGCAAGCAAACUAAUGAGAAUACAAGCAAGAACACGCCAACCAAUUGUAAGAUCGUUUGUUAGAGACUCCUCGUCUGGGGUAUCAGAAGAGGCCACGCGAUAACUGCAUUGUGAAACAUUUUUCGGAGGUUGUCGUUCAACAGACAGGCUCCCGUUUAUUUGUGCUUGUUCUUGCUUAUUUUGGGGCUUCUUUUUUUCAAAGCUUUGCUGUUGCUUUGAGUCUGAUUCUUGGUUGUUUGGAGGUCGGGUCUAUGCCGUAAGCUUCACGUUUUCUCUUAUUCUCAUUCCCUAUUUCUUUGGGAUCCGGCUGUUGCACUUUUUCAGUGUGGUUACGCAAAAAAAACAAAAAAAACAAAAUCCUUAAUGCGUCACUCAAAACUAAGCGUGUGGAAAUCCCCCAAUUUUUUCAGUCUGUGUUGUAGUUUUGGGUAACUGUUUCGGUAAUGUUUACUUUCUAGCCUUUUUGCCACUAUGUCUCACCCAAAUGCAAAUAAAAUUACAGAAUGCUCAGUAGCAAAGCAAGGAUCAACCACACUUGACCCCAAACUGAGUACAUGGUAAAUGGGUGACACAGGCCCAACUUGGUCUGAAUGAUGAAUUACUCAUAGAUUACAAGUGUAAUUGUGGUUGAAAAUAUGUCCUUGUUUCCAACACUGUUGUUUCAUCAGAAUCAGUGGAGCAUCGUUUGUGUCAUACUUUCUUGUGGAGAUAUCUUGGAAACAAACAAAAAAAGAAAGUGCUUUUCCUUUAGAACCGUGUGAAAGUUUGUAUGUGUGUGUCUGAGCAUGGCCGUGUUGUUGUGUCGGGGUGUGUUUGGAUGCGUGUAGUAGCGAGCAUGGAGUGUAGAAAGAUCAAGAGUGACAUAAAGAAAGUAGAGGUUGCCAAGUCUUAAAGGAUUAGGGAAAUAUGAAAAAUAAGUGUGCUGAUGUAAAUACUUGUUUUGUUUUGUUUUUUGUUUUUUUGUUUUUUUGAACAUUUCACAACAGGAAAAGAAAAUAUGAUUCAUUCCAGGUUCUGUCAUAGUGUCACACAUAAAUGAUGACAAAUUAUGUGCAUCAAAAUUGGCAAUCAGUGUAAAGGUAUUCUGUGUAAGUGAGGUUAUGGAAAGCUAAAGAAUGGCAGGUGGCCAAGAAGGUGGGUUCAGAUGAAUCACAGAGGUUUUAGCUAUACUUUUUUUUUUUUUUUUUUUGGAAAUCAAAUCCAUGCCAUUUUGGGAUAAUUUGAGCAAGGAAGUUUUGGUUGUAAGAUAGAUCAGGGGUCUGCAGGUGAUCAGGAUCUUAGUGUUGCAGUAAUAUGGAUGGAAAUGGCAUACUGCUAGACGCAUGCCCAUUUUACCAAUCAGAGUUUGAGAAAGAACUCUUGAUAUCCAUCUUAAUGUUCAGCAUAUUCACUUUGGUUUGGGCCAGCUAAUUUCUUCAAAAAACAAUUUUGCACAUAUUUUUUCAUAAACACCAGGCUCUCCACAUUCAGCGCAAUAGAACAUUGUGGAAUGUUGCCCAUUUCUUUUCAGCAGUCUAAAGGGAGCACUCCAUAUGCCCAACUGUACUUGUGGAAUUCUUGUAAUCCAGUGUAAUUUUCCUUCUGUAAAUAAAAGUGUCCCAAUAUUAAAGUUUAAA